CGCCCAAAUCCAAAAAUUGUUAUCGGUUUUUGUGUGGGAAAACAAAAAACCCCCUAUCCUUGCUGCAAACCCCGGUUAAGUUGGGAGGAUUGGGCUUCCCUAAUGUCCUAAUGUACCAUAAAGCAGCAGUACUAGAAGCAGCUAUCAAAUUACACGCCCCAAAAAAUACACUUCAGUGGGUCGACAUGGAAAAUGAAUACGGUACAGGAAACUCAGCAAUACACUAUAUGUGGACACCCAAACAACUACGAGACAAAUCCCAAGCAUUAUUGCCCCUUACUAGGACCACCAUACAAGUCUGGGACCAAUUACACCGCUUGCAAGCGACUGACAACAAAUUCCUAAAAUGGGCACCCAUAGAGGCACUACAGUCUAUAUCUCCGUGGUUAUCGUUCAAAAAAUGGUCAGCACUGGGAAUUACCCAUAUUACUAACCUAUGUUCACAAAGGGACAUCAUCCCCUUCCCAGAUUUACAGACCGCAUACAACCUCCCACCAUCCUUCAUCUUCUCAUAUGUCCAACUAAAAAGCAUUAUCCAAGAACGAGUACUGCUCACAACACAAACUACAGACAACCCCAACACAGAAAGAUUGGCACUGUAUGACAGAUGCC